GUUAUCAGGAGGGACCAGCACCAGGAAAAGGACAUCAUGCUUGGUAAAGUAGACAGCCAGUGAAAAAGAGGAAUACCUUGGAUGAGAUGGGCUGACACAGUAGCUGCCACAAUGGGCUCAAACAGAGCAACAAUUGUGAGGAUGGUGCAGGACUGGGCAGUAUUUUGUUCUGUUGUAUAUAGUGUCACUAUGAGUUGGAACCAACAUGAUAACACCUAACAACAACAAUUCUUUCUUUCUUUUCUUUUCUUUUUUAAGUAGGAGCCUUAUUGAGAUGUUGUUGUUGACCAAAGACCAGAAGAGGUGUGGAAUGACAUCAAGGACAUCAUACAUGAAGAAAACAAGAGGUCAUUAAAAAGACAGGAAAGAAAGACCAAAAUGGAUGUCAGAAGAGACUCUGAAACUUGCUCUUGAAUGUUGAGUAAAGCAAUUGGAAGAAAUGAUGAAGUAAAAAAGGUGAACAGAAGAUUUCAAAGGGCAGCUUGAGAAAAGUAAGGUAUUAUAAUGACUUGCAAAGACCUGAUAUUGAGAUGUCAUUUACAUAUCAUAUAAUUCACCUAUUUAAAGUAUACAAUUCACUGGACUCCAAGGAGUGUCAGGAUGGCUCGCUGGUGCAGAAGGUGGCAGGACUGCAGCAAGGACUUCUGGGACUACCUUAUGAGUAGGCACUUCUGGGGACCAAUAGCCAACCUGGGUCUUCCUAUUGCUGCCAUCAAUGACAUGAAAAAGUCUUCAGAGAUUAUCAGUGGUCGGAUGACAUUUGCUGUCUGCUGUUAUUCUCCGACAUUCAUGAGAUUUGCCUACAAGGUCCAGCCUUGGAACUGGCUUCUGUUUGUGUGCCAUGCAACCAAUGAGGUGGCCCAGCUCAGCCAUGGAAGUUGGCUCAUUAGACACAAGAAUAGUAAAAAGGCAUCAUCUAGCAAUGAAAAGUGAGGGCUUGCUCUUUGGAGGGACAGUGUUGCUGUCACCGCUGCCAAGU